AUGAAUCACCGUGUGCAGGCUGAAGCGGGCGGGCUUUUGCACUCGGUCUGUGUUCAGUCAGAGCUGUAUAAAAGCAGCGCGCGAUCAGUCCCCUGGUACCUUCCCCAUCAACUGGUUUACUAACUGAGUGAAGCGAUAUUUCCAAGGGACUUUCGGGCUCUUUAAAGAUACUCUUGAAGAAAAUGGAUCCUUGCGACUGCGCCAAGACUGGAACUUGCAACUGUGGUGCCACCUGCAAGUGCACUAACUGCCAGUGUACAACCUGCAAGAAGAGUUGUUGUCCCUGCUGCCCGUCUGGUUGCAGCAAAUGUGCCUCUGGCUGCGUCUGUAAGGGCAAUUCCUGCGGCUCCAGCUGCUGUCAAUGAGGAGGUCAACGUGAUGUUUUGCUACAACAAUGUGAAUUUGUUCGUUUGUACUUCGUCAUCGUUUUGCAUCGCAUGAAUGUUGUCUUUCUAUGAUAAAAUAAAUGACCUCCAGUUGUUCUCAGUCUUCUGACUGUUUAAUGUUGCAAAAUCGUUUAACAAAGGCUAAAGAGGGAAAACAAUGCAUUGAUUUGUAUUUCUACCAAUAAGACUAUCACAAGAUGUCUGUUCUUUAUAAAGAGAUAAUUGUAAGUGUUUUUUCUGCUAUGUAUCUUGUCUACAAAAUAUAAAUGUCCGCAGUUA